AUGGUGCUGGUGGCUCAAGGCAUGAAGAGACCCCUCAGCCCGUCCCACCCCCCUGAGAGCGGGGUGAGGCUGCUGGAGAUGGGCAGCUGCCUCCCCAGCCAGCCCGAGCAGCGCAUGAAGCGGGAGAAGAAGCAUCAGUCGUUCACGCUCUGCGAGGUCUGCAACAUCCAGCUCAACUCGGCCGCGCAGGCGCAGAUCCACUACAAUGGCAAGUCCCACCAGAAGCGCCUCAAGCAGCUCAACAAGGGGAAGAUUGCCCCAUGGAGCCCCAAGCAUGCAUUAAUACUGUCUCUUCUCUCUGCCUGCCCAGGUCCCUCUGGACACAGCAGCCCCCUCUUAGCGUCGUUGCCUAUUCCCGGCCGGCCCCUCCACCCCCCCUUGGACAUCAAGCACUUUCUGACCUUCAGGCUCAACGGGACGUCACCGCUCAACCUCUUCCCCAACUUCAACACGAUGGACCCAGUGCAGAAGGCAGUGAUCAGCCACACCUUUGGCGUGCCCACCCCUCUCAAGAAGAAGCAAUUCAUCUCCUGCAACAUCUGCCAUCUCCGCUUCAACUCUGCAAACCAAGCAGAAGCUCAUUACAAGGGCCACAAGCACGCACGGAGGCUGAAAGCCAUCGAGGCCAUGAAGAACAAGCAGAAGGCAGCGGGGGCUUCACUGGUGGCCACGAGCCCAGACAGCGCAGCCGACUUCGCCCCCAGCCCCGAGGGCAGCAGGGACCCCGGCAGUACAGCUCAAGCCAAUGGUGUGCAGGAGCUGGAGGGUGAGGGCAGCAGCCGGGGGCUGCCACCCAGCGCCGAGGAGCCGCCCGCGGAGCUGCCGGGCAGCGCCGCCCCGCUGGGAUCCCCGCCGGCCUCCGAGAUCUCCGAGGGCACCUCAGAUGCCACCAGCGUCACCUCCUCGGCUGCACCAACAGCCGAGGUGCAGGCAGCCGAGUCGGGCAGCAGUGCCAGCUCAGCCCCCGAGAGCGAGAAGGAGGGGAAGAAGAGCAAACAGCACCUGUACUGUCCCACCUGCAAAGUCACUGUCAACUCCCUGUCCCAGCUGGAGGCUCAUAACACCGGUGCCAAGCACAAGUCCAUGCUGGAAGGUCACGGCACCCAGCUGCGGCGGGGCCGGGGUAAGCUCCUCUCCCGGCCAGGCCACAAGUCCAAGCGGAUCGGCAACAAGGGCAGCAUCAACAUCCAGAACAAGGCGUUCCACUGCCAAGUGUGCGAGAUCUACGUGAACUCAGAGACCCAGCUCAAACAGCACAUGAGCAGCCGGAGGCACAAAGAUAGGCUGGCAGGGAAGCCACCGAAGCCCAAGUACAGCCCCUACAACAAGCUGCAGAAGAAUGCUGCCCUUGCAGUGAGUAUUCUCAAGUCCAAGCUGGCUUUGCAGAAGCAUCUCACCAAGACCCUGGCGACGCGCUUCCUGCCCAGUCCCAGACGGGAAGAAGAGGACCCAGCUGCUCCUUGGGGAAUGAGCAUCCCUCUGGAUGGCUGGUCCCUGCCAGCCCAGUAG